UUGGAAUUGCUUCAGGCUCGCCCAGCGAGAAGGAAUCAACAAGUGUGUCUCUGCGACAACGUUACAACAACAUUGCUCUGCAUCGCCGCUCUUGGCACCAGUAGUCAUGGCGUCUGCAGAGCUGAUCGUCGCUAAGACGGCGCUCUCAGGAGCUCUGUUCCGCGCUGAUCCGCGGCCGUGUUCGCGCGACGACAUCGAAUCUAUGCUUGGCCUCGUCAACGCAACCAUCACCGAGUGCUCGCCGUCCAAUGUUCAGAGAUGCAAGCAAUGGGCUCUCAGCAACCUGGUUCCCUCGUCCUCCCGGAUCGCCCCGUUCUGCAAGUACCUGGUCGCUCUCUCCAAGUCGAUCGGCGGCGAGAAGGAUGCUACUGCGCUGGACUCCAAGGCGGGUCGCGUGCCCUCUGCAAAGCGCCGUCGCCUGCAUGUUUUGUACAUCUUGAACGACAUCCUCUACCACGUCAAGCACCGCAACCGCGAUGACGGCUUCGCCCUCAAGCUAGAGCCAACCAUUUCGGCCUUGGUCAGGAGCGCCGCAUCCUUCAACAACUGUCCCAAACAUAUCCGAAAGAUCCAAAACCUGAUCGGGCUUUGGGAAGAGAACGGAUACUUUGCACGCACUGUCAUCCAGCAGCUCCGGGCAGCGGUUGAGGAAGGCCCAACCGCCGGCGGCGGGGGCCAAUCAACCGAUGACGGGGACAGCUCGGCCAGCGCCGUGGCCAAGGCAGCGAAAUCCGCGCCUUGGGUUAUGCCGGCAAUGCAUGGCGAUCCAUCCACACCGUGGUACGACCUUCCCGCGGGAAACUGGAUGCCAGUUCUGGAGCCAAACUCGACCCGUCCGAUAAACCCCGCCAUGAUUAAACCGCUAGUUCUGGCACAAGGCCCGGCCGACAAGAGUCUGGUAGAGGCUGUCAAGAGCCUACUGGUGGAUGUUGAAAGGAUUUAUUCCAAAGAAGUCAAUCUCGACGAACCUCCACCGAAUGUUGGCAGGCUGGGUGAACGUGUUGAAAUCGACGAGCUUACCGGUGACAUCAUUGAUGGAGAUACCUACUACGGAUGGUCCCGUGCGUUCUGCGAGAAGAUGAAGCGGAGGAGACGAGUUCGCAUCGGACGUAACGGCCGCAGCGAUGGCGACCGAGGCCGGACACGAUCAACCUCAUACACCCGCUCGGAUAGCCGAUCGCGCAGCCGACCGCGAGACCGUAGCGACGUUUCGAGCCGGAGCUCAGAACGUCCUGACUUCAAGCGACAAAGAAUGUCCGGGUCCCCGCCAAGUCGAAGUCGCGGCCGCAGUCGAAGUCGGUCUCCCAGUGGUCGACGCAGCCCAGACAGGCAUCGGAGCCGCAGCUACCAGCGGUCACGAAGUCGGUCCCGUUCGCCGUCGGGUCGGCGGUCACAGUCCCGAUCUAGGUCUCGCAGCAGGGGCUACCGAUAUCGGAGGCCCAAUGUCAACGAAAAAGGCAAAUGCCAGCCACAAAGCCCAGACUUCGGCAUACGUUCCAGAAGCCGAUCCUGGAGCCGGCCUGGAUCCCCCCUUCGUUCACAGGAGCCACCUCCACCAUCAAGGAACGGAUAUGUACCCCAGAUGCCGGCACCUUCCGGCACCUGGAACCAACAUCCACCGCCGCCGCCGCCGCCAUCAAUGGCAACGUACCCGAUACCACCUCCCAUCCCCUCUCAACAGGGCUUUGGCCUCGGCUUCCCAGUUCCGCCUCCACCGCCGCCGCCGACUUACCAGGCACCUUGGCCGCCUGCUCCACCCUCGAUACCUCCGCCACCAAUGGUUGGCCAGCAGUCGCCAAACUUCUUUGUCCCACCUGGGAAUGCGGUACCGCCGCCUCCUUUUCCGGGCGGAUGGCCUCCGGUUCCACCGCCAGGGCCACCGGUGGGGAAUCAUGAUGGUUUCUAUCCUCAGGGGCAGUAUCGGGUAGGGCAUCAGGGAAGGGGUGGGUAUGGGCGCGGUGGGUGGCGGUAACGAACUCGGAAGCGAUGAAGGCGGGUAUAUGUAUGGCCCGCUGACCAGAGAGGCUGGACCGGUUCGCAUCCCCGUUUGGCAGGCCGCCACUCCGCGUUGCUCAUUGGAUCAAAAGCAAUCAUGUAGCAGCCUUUACGAAGCGUUCAGGGCAUAGGCAGCAUAUGAAGAGGAAGAAGGUUGACUGUAUGCAAAAGAAUCCCAGUCUAUCAACCAAAUCCGGGUAGUUAGCCAAGACCCGAACGUACAUGAGAUCCCAGAGACUAAAC